ACUAUCUAUCGAUCUCGAGAUAAUUCUACAACCUCACGAUUACCGGUACCUGGCCGGGGUAAUUCAAUGGUCGCUGGAUCAUAUUAGCUACCUAGAUAUAUUGAUUGUGGUAUGACUCCGGCCAGAUGCGUUCUUCUGUCCGACUGCUCGCCGCUGUCUCACCCACCCGGCCAUCAAAACUCAGGAAACCAACUAUCAGUCUCGACCAUUUCAUUCAAAGACAGCGUGUUAUUAGCUUCUGGCGUGAAAUUGUGAGGUCGCUGUACAAAAUCCCAAAGUCGCCAACUCGAGAUGAGCUACGGGAUUAUGCUCGCCAUGAGUUUGAGCGUCAUCGAAAUGUAACAGAUCUGCAACAUAUCCGGUACCUGCUUUCGACAGGGAAGUCGGAAUUUGAGAUGAUGAAGCGAUAUAUUGACGAACAAGCCGCGGGCUAGAACUAUUCAGUUCACCAGUAACCUUCCCCCCCCAAAAAACACAAAAAUCGAGAAUAGUUCCGUUACUCUGAACUGGUUACCUGAGAGGCCCUUUUUGAUCAUUCUUGCUUUUAAGGAGCUCUGAAUUCUUGUGUGCUACCUAGUGAGGCCAGCAUGGUGUUGCAGUCAGGGUGGGGAGGAUCUUAAAACAGCCAUGACUCCAGCACGAAGGCAAAUUAAUGGUAAAUGUAUAACAAUUUAAGCUAUAUUUACAAUCAUAUGCACCCAAACCCAAUAGAGGAGAGAAGAAAAAAAAAAUUUAAAAUACAUAUAUUGGCAG